GACAGUAUGGCAGUUAUCUGCAGACUGUUGAUUUCUUUAUUCUUUCCUAUAUUUUCAUUUUUUAUCCUAAUUUUAUCAAUUCGUGCUAGUUAUGGAUGCCUUCCCUGUUUGGAGAAUGACAUUGAAUUUCUAAAAUAUGAUGUAAAAAUAACAUUGAGUAAGAUAUUUCCCAAAAAGCAAAUCACGGAGGCAGAUAUUAAUCUAGUUAUUAAUACCUUCUACAAUGAGAAAGAUGAUUACAAUGUGAAAUAUAUUGAUCGACGGAGUUUAGAAACUGUGAAUGAUUGGCUUGCGUCAGAGAUCCUAGAAUUACUGACAAAAUAUAAAAGCCUAGACAGCAAAGAUCUCCAAAAAGAGUUUACAGCCUUGAAAAAGAAUAUUCGAGAGUUACUGGUUAAUGGCUCACAAAGAACGAAUGAAUAUAUGUGUGGAGACAAAUGUUCUGAGGAAGAUUAUAGUAUUAUCAACUGUGAAAGCUGCAGUAAAAUGAAUGUUUCCUGCAAGGAAAUACUGUUCUGUAGCAGAUGGGGCUUUCUAGCGAUGGUUGUCAUUCCACCGGUUGUGGUUUUGGCCCUAAUAAUCACUUUUGUAUGGUUUUUGUGCAAGAGAAUACGUGCACGCAUACAGAGAGAAGCAGCGGACAAAAAUAAAAAAAAAUCAACAACUAAAAAAGUUGCGGCGCCGGUAAAAGAGGUCAAAAUCUCUAUUCCUGAAUCAGAAGAUGAAGAAGGAGAACUAGAAGAAGUGGUAGUAGAAAAAGAUAAUGAUGAUGAAGAAGUAGAAGAAGAUGAUGAUGAUGAUGAUGAUGAUGAUGAUGAUGAUGAUGAUGAUGAUGAUGAAGUAGAAGAAGAGAGCAGUGAAGCCUCAGAUGCAGAGGAAGAGGAAACCUCUGAGGGAGAAGUUGAAGAAACAUGAAAGCUCAUAUGAAAAUUCCUUAUUUCCCUCUGACAGUCAUAUUGGAAUACAUAUGUGCACAAAUGUGAAAAGAAAAAGAAAAAAAUAGAGUGUAAAAUUGUGUGGAGACAAAUGUUCUGAGGAAGAUUAUAGUAUUAUCAACUGUGAAAGCUGCAGUAAAAUGAAUGUUUCCUGCAAGGAAAUACUGUUCUGUAAUAGAUGGGGCUUUCUAGCGAUGGUUGUCAUUCCACCGGUUGUGGUUUUGGCCCUAAUAAUCACUUUUG